GCCGCGUCAAGAAAGUCGUGUUUCUGUUUACGUGAGUGUUCUCGGUUGAAAAAUUUAAAUUACUAUAUAGAAACUAUUGUGUUGUAUACAAUAUAGUGUGUUUAUGGUGAUUUUUAUCAGCUUUUAAAAGUGUAGUGCAGAAACUUAUUAGUAAGUAAGACAUGAGUCAGAUAAUAACGCGUAAGGGGCCGGUCGGUGAGGAUAAGGAGAAAGAUAAGAAACACGCUGACAGUCCCGCAAAGGAAACGAAAAAGAAAAUGGCUGCUCAAGCAGAAAAGGAGAAACAGGUGAACGAGAAAGAGAAGAGUACAGAAAAAUCUAAUUCGAGUGAUAAAACUAACAAAUCAAACCAGAACGACAAAGAAAUUGUUGUUGAUAAGUCAGGUGAAAAGAAAGAUAAAGCUAUAGAAAAAUCUGCUGACAAGAAGGAGAAUACAGCAGAAAAACCUGUAGAUAAAAAGGAAAAAGCAACAGAGAAACCUGUAGACAAAAAAGAAAAAGCAACAGAAAAACCUGUAGACAAAAAAGAAAAAGCAACAGAGAAAGCUGAAGCAAAAAAGGACAAGGUUCCUGAAACAGGUGUAGAGAAAAAGGUUGAAAAGGUUGUUGAAAAGAAGCAACAGCCUGUUGAAAAAACUGUCGAAAAGGCAGCAGAGAAGAAAGAUAAAGGGGAGAAGAAGGAGGCACAUGUGCCUCCAAUGGAAAGGGCGAAAGAUGAGGCAAAGGAAAACGGGAAGGGGGAGACGAGCGACACACCCAAGCCUAGCAACAAGCCAGCGCAGAAUGGCACUCGAGUGAACGGCGAUUGCGAAGUCACGGUGAGUUCUGAGGACGAGGAGUUCCCGGAGCUGGCGUACGAAGACUCGGAUAUCGAGUGCUUCGAGCCGUCCACGCCCGACGGCCUGCCCAGUCGCAGCUACACGCGCCGCUCGCAGGUGAAGUCGACGCGCACGCCCGAGACGCCGCGACCGGCCUCGGAUAAACAGACGGACAAGGAGUAUGUGCCCGAUUCGAAAGAAACAAAACUUCUAAAAUUAAAAGAAGACCCGCCGUCGGAUCGCAAGUUGCGGUCAUCGGACUCUCCCAAGCCACAAGACAGAAAAGAGAAGAACGACUCACAGAGGCCGGAAGAUAAUAAGAGUGAGCAGGAUAGAGAUGAAGCAGGCACAGGCAAAGUAGUGGAGAAGCCGUCACUUGAAAUUAUAGUUGAUGUCGAAAUGGAAGAGGAGAGAAGCAAGCCCGACACCAACUACAGCAAGUCCCGCGUGAAGGUGUCGCCGUACCGCCGCAGCGCACGCCUGCUGGACCAGACCACCAGCUCCGUGAUGGCUGACUACACGGGCAAUAACACUACAAUGGAGAUGGACAUAACUGAAUCAUCGGUCAUCUCUGAGGAGCCGACAGAGAGCCCUUUCCUGAGUGGUCUGCGCAUCAGAGGCCGGCGCUCGUAUCGGCCGCUCAAGGAGAUGACCCUGAGGAACAUUGGAGUCAACACCAGCAUCAGGUCAACGGCCAGUCUUAAUGCAUCGGAGCCGUCGGCGCGACCCACUGGCACUGUCGUGGGCAGGAAGCGCAAGCCGGAGAGCAACGAGGUGGAGAUCGCGGAGGACGCGCCCGAGGGUCGCGGCAAGAGGAGCAGGCUGCUGGAGCGGCUCGGAGGACUCACCAGGACCUUCCGCUCCACCGGCGCCGCGCCGACCCCGGUCUGCGACAUCAACGCUCAGAUAGUGGGCAUCAACACGGAUUUGCCGCUCCCUCAGCCGGUGGUGGUCGACGAGAGUGUGAGGUCCACGCAGGAAGUGGGGCGCGACCCUGAGCCAAGGGACAAGCGGUGUGUCGUUAUGUAACAGUUAGUGUGAGAUUUAUUGUUCAAGAUGAGAAUUACUGGAUGGAGCGAGUGUUCACAUAUUUUUAUAUAUUAAGUGAUCUCUCUGUAAAGGGGGGAGUCUAUAUUCUACGUCACACGUUAAAAUCCUUUCUCUUUCCUACAGGGCAAUAAUGUGAAAGCUUUCGUUCCGAUAAGAGGGCGCCAAUAUCAAAGUCCCCUUUGCUACGGGAGUUUUGUCAUCAGGAAUCCUUUUCUUAUGAGAAGUUUUCCACAACAAAGGGAGGAAACCAUUUUUUAAGAGACGAAUUAAUUAAUUCUAGGUUAGGUGUUAUAACACUUUUAAGCCUAAAUAUUUAUAAUCCAUUAAUAGAGGCACAUGUUAUUAAUUAUUUCAUGAUGAUUUAACUUUACUUAGUAAAAUAUCUCAAAGUAAUUAAGAAGUUUUGAUCAAAUUUGCAGAGUACCACGUGUGACUAUUUUAUAGAUUGUCCUCGAUUUUUAAUAUCAAAGACAAAGCAAAAUAUUUUAUAUUAUAACGGUUUAUAGAGAUAUUGUCGAAUUUAGUUAUACAUUUAUAAUAAUAAUAUAUGACUUUAACAUUUAUAUUUACUUGAUUUUAAGGAGAAUGGUUUGAGCUCGGGCUUUUUAUACCGACUAUAAGCCAAAUUCUGCAUGAAAUUAUUGUUAAGUUCUCUCAGUAAUUGUCUUUUCUGUGUUUGUAUGUAUUUUUUUUUAAUUUCAUUGGAAAUAUUUAGAGAAAUCAUAAGAUUUGUAUUAACAAUAACUAAAUGAAUAAGGCACUUAUACUUUUUGGAAGACACAAUAAUUGUGAAUUCAUAAUUUUUCUAAGAGGUGACAAUCAAAACCGCCUUCAGAGAAAUGUGUUUAAAAACAUCGAUCGUAUUACGCAUUUAAACACUCAAUUUUUUAUCUUUAGUUACUAGAAUAUAUAUAUGUUUACGUUUCGGCCGUAAUUGCAACACUAGUUGCCAUAUGAGGUUGCCAUCGAUAAGAUAUUCAAUGGAUAUUCUGUUACGUAACGACUUAAAAUUGUCCAUAUGUGGUUUACGUAAAAUUUUUGUAUUUAUACAGAUUUGUAAAUAUUUGAUGUUAUUAUAAUCUUGGUUCAUUUUCAUAUGUGAAGUUUCAUAAGAUUUUAAUGAAACUAAACUCAGAAGAAGAUGAUUCCAUUUUUAUGUCUUCCUUUGUCAUUAUUUCCAGCCUGAAAUUCCACAGAUACCUCGAAAAUACUCCUUUGGUAAAUGCAGACUGAUAUCUUUUUGUGAUUCAAGGAUUUUUUGGGGGAUGUAAUCGGGGAAGCCCAUAAAUAUGUUAAAACAAUGUCGAAAUACAAAGAGCAGUUACAUUUGAGUCUAUUACGCGAAGGACAUGACGUACGCGUGUACAAGUUCGGGAUAUUACGGUUGUAGAUUGAGAGCGGGAACUGUGAAUAUAAUAUGUAGUAUUAUAGAUAUUGAAGUAUUUAGACACUUUAAGUCGUAUGUAUUCAUUGAGAGCUGGUUAUUAAAGUAAAAUUAUUUAUUGUACUCUCAAUGUUAACAGUGAAGCGCGCUAAUCGAUACAUAUUUUUGUUCAUUUUGAUAGUUCAAGUUAUCAUCUACCAUUACAUUCUUCCACUAAACACAACUACGAUCUUCUGUCUAUAUCUACGAUAUAAGAUACUAUUGCAAUUUGCACGAUUUGCAACUGCUAAAUUAUAUUAUGUAUUAAGACAGGUAGGCGGCUAGUAGACGCCUACGCCCCGCACGAAGUCGUAUACAUUUCAUAUAAAUUUACACUUAAUUUACUGUCAUCUUGUCACUCGGAAGACGUCCACUUGGCAAAUUUUUAUUGUAAUGGUCGAUUCAAUAACAGUAGGGUUAUGUUAGAUUAUUUAGAAGAUAUGUGUAUAUUAUUUUAAAAAUGGAGGACGAUAAAAACGCUUAAAGCGAGAGGGAGAACGCCUUUUUCUGUAUUCUUAAAGUUAAGAUAUUUGAGCUUAUAUUGGUUUACUGGUGGAAUACGUAUGUACGUACUACGUAGAAAAAUUGCGUACCUACGUUUUUUUGACACAAAAUAUAUGUUACAGAUUGUACGAUGUUUCAAAAAAAUAUUAACUAAGUAGCUGAAAAUGAAGAAAAAACCGCACUUUUAAUAUAAUUUUAGACGUUUCCUCGACUGUCACUAAAUCUGAGUCACUGAAUAAAUUCUUUAUGAUAAAUUCCUAGUUAACUUUUCAAAUAUAUUUGCAAAUUUAAUUAGGACUACCUAUUUAGCGGAGGACCCCUUGAAAAAUAAUUCUUAAUAUGGAUCUCGAUUGAUUGUAAGUUGAGCAGUUUUCAAAGUUAUUCCUCCGAUAUGGUCAUUCAUUGUAUUCAGCUGGAACGGUUUUCGUUUUAAACUAUCUUACAGUAAACCUAUACAAAUGAGGUCCAACAUCAAAUGACAGCUAUGGUAAAGACGACAAAAAAGAAUAUCACAGUGCCUCACAUCCAAUACAUGGAAAUCGAUAUGAGUUUGUCCGUACUCAAAGAGAUGUCGCACGCAAUACGUAUCCUUGAUCAAUAUAUGUAAGUUUCCAUGUUCAUUACGAUGCUUAAAAUGGAUAUAAAAUAUAAAUACAGUUUUAUUUUUAUUGAAUAUGCAUUUUGGGAAUUAUAUCUAUGAAUAAAAAUAGUACUCUAAUAAAAUGUUUAUAUUCUUAUAAAAUUAAUACUUUAUUAUUUCAAAAUAUUAUGUGGUAUUGAGUUAUAAAAGAUUAUAUUAAUUAUAUUUACCACCGAAUUGUGAGUGUAUUUUGUAUUAAAUAAUCUGAAGUAAAGAAAUAGGUAAAGUAUUUUUGGUAUCGUCCAUAGUUUAGGAUUAGUACCAAUGUCUUGAACAUGUUAUAUACAUAUAGCAGUUAGCUUAGUUAUACAAAUUGAGGUUGAAUUGAAAUUAUAGAUUGUUAAAAAAUUUUCAAAAUAAA